AUGGCGGAAACAGAGCAUCUUGAGGGGUUUGACGGCCCAGCUCUCCAACAAAUACUUGAACUCGUCGAUAAUGAUAUACCCAAAGCCAUAUUCAAAGGCUCAUCACUACUGAAUACCGUAGAGACAACGGAUAUCGCUACACGAGAACUCCUCUUAGACCUUUCUAGGAGUAUGCCAUCCGGUCCUCCCGUUAAAGUACAGCGAUUAGUCAAUAUCCUAUACGACAUGGAGGAACUUCACAAGCAUCCAAAGGGUCUGAGGUACGGACAGCUGAUUGGAAUGGAAAGGCUAAAAGAGGGGUUGUGUGACCGACUUCAGGACUAUCUUACUAUCAGAGUUCUGUCUAGUAGACGGGUCAACACUGCUACCGGUGAAGUUCUGAUCGACACCGAGACCAACAAAGAGAUAUAUAUGAUGCUGUCUACAUUGUCCAAGAUCGCUAGCGAUUGUAUCAAUCUUCACGUGGACGUCUUGACGACAGUUUACAAUCUCAAACCCAGUCCCCGUCAUCGUACAACAUUGUACCCAGCCGAUAUACUGGGACUGAUUGAGUUCACACUGGAGAGAGCAGAUAAUCAUUGGGACAUAGCGGUUCAAUUUUGUUGUCUUCUCCCGACAUUUUUCUACACUGGUGCUAGAGUCGGUUCUGUCCUGAGCACGGUGUAUAAGAAACUGGAAUAUCUGACUUGGGGCGACAUCAGAUUUCGGCCUGUGAGAAAUACCAUCAAGAAGAUAGUUGGCUACGAUGUGAUCAUUGAGAUUCGCAGUUGGAAGGGGUAUUCAAAGGAUCAACUUCGCAUUAAAUUCCACAUCAAAUCGACGAGCAAAGGAAGGAAUGCGAAUUUUGACCUUGGUGCUUUUCUUUUGGCGCACGGAGUUAGACAGCAGGUCUUUGGCGAUAAGACGGUCGACUUCCUCAUGCAAAACGACCGUUUCGAGCUCAAGUGCGAUCCUUCUCGAGAUAAUGACCCUGUCUUCGUUGCGCUACGAUCACGAAUCGGGUUAUCACAGACAGCUCUAACCGGCGAUCAGGGCACCAGGCAAUUGCGUUCGGCAAUGCAAGCCUAUGGUAUAGCAAGCGGAGAGCCAGGUGGCUCGGAUACGUUCUAUUGCCUGCGAAGAAGAUUCCUUACGGAUGUAGCAAGAAAGUUUGGACCUCGAAUAGCCAAGUUCUACGCCGGUCAUACAGCAAAUUCUACUUGCUUUGAACGGUAUUACGAUUUAUCGGAUAUCGAAGAUGAUAUACUGAAUGCUCUGCUAGAAGACGAGGGUGAAACUUACAUGAUUUUGACUCCAUGGAUGAGAAUAAGGGCAUCUGGUCAUCUCAACGAAAGUAAAGUGACUCUCAAGUCUGCGCUGGAGAGAUGUCCUGAAUUCCGCCACGUGCUGGCAAAGAGAGAUCUGUUGCAAAACUGCCUCAGGUCUGGGAGCAAUUUAUGGCUAAAGGUUGAGCCCUGGAAUGGAUUCUCUUCACGUGCUGAGCCCCGACAACUUCUACCAUCGCUGAUUACCGUAUACAGCAAUCGGUUGCGACAGUUGAUCUCCAUCCUAAAGCAGCAAGACACGGAAUCUACUCUCGAGCUGCAGCGAAUGGCACGGGAUGAAAUGGACUACGGUCAAAUACAAGCACAAGUUCAUAAUGCUAACGGUCCAUCUCAGCUGGCUGUAGAACUCCAACGAAGAUUGAUCGAACAAGAGCUGAAGUUGUGUAGUACGAAGCGAAUCGACAUUACAGAGUCGGUCUCCUCAACUCAAGGCGCUACCAUUGUGUGUGUCGCACCUACCGGAAACGUAGAUGACGAAGAGGAAGAAGCUGUGUUACACGCCAUUGAUAGUGCAGAAGAAGGGAUGAACGCUCAAGAUCAAUACAAAGCAUCUGAAGGCGGGAAAGGUAAAGGUAAAGGAGUAGAAGAUGAAGAUGGCGAAGAGGCUGAGGCCAUGUGGGGCUCAAAGAAGGAAAAAGAAGGUGGGCAUGCUGUAAGGGUGGCUACGAGUGAAGAAUAUAAAAGGAUAGAGGAGCUUUCGAUGUCAGGAUUACAGUCUGGUAAAGGAUCGGAGACGAAGAAAGGUGAGGUAGACAGGGUAUUGUACGGUAUGAUAGACGAGGAUCCAGAAAAGCUGUCUGAGUCAAUGUCAAUAUUCCGAGCUCUUGUGGAGCUGUCAGAUCCAAGUAAGGGAGGUGUUUUGUGCCAAGCUUGUCAACGUGAUUCGACAGCCUCCUCGGAACAAAAAAUCACAAGAUAUACAGCUAUGUCACGAUUAGAUAAACAUCUUCUGCAAUUUCAUAAUCCUCACGCCUAUGGAUUGAGAUGGCUGAAAUCAAACAUUGAUCCCCAAAGUAGGAGAUGGCACUGCCCGUACGGAGCAGGGGAAGGCGGAAGUGAGAAAGCUAAGACUACCAAGAAUACUAAGCUUUGCGGCAUAUCUUACGCUGCGUCGUCCGUUGAAAAGUCGGCUCCCAAACAUUUGUUGGAAGCUCAUCAAUACGCUCUCACGGAAGAUCUGCGAAAAUUCAUGGAUCCCAAAACAAGAGCUACUUUACGAGCCCAAGCGCAGGAGGCGCAGGAAGAGGAACUGGGUCACUCUAGAAAGACAAAGUCAAGGUGGACUAAUCCCGGUCCUAACUUCCACGAUUUCCUCCUCAUCGGAACAUUUCAGCCUGAAGAUCGAAUGGAUCCAUACGUCGGUGAUCUUGGUCUAGGACCAAGCUUGAAAGAUGACGAUAUAGAUAUGGAUACCGACCUACUUCCCGACUCAUUUUACGAUGAUAAAGGUGACUUCAACAUCUGA